AUGCCGCGUGAGUUUGGGGUCAGGUCCAUGUACUACCAGACAGAGUUCUACACCGCAACCAAAACAACAAGAUCUGUCAAAUGUUCAGUCAGGCUCAACAAAACUCUGAAAUCUCAACUGAAGAAACUCCAGAAAAAGAUUGAACGCAAACUACACCUGGAACUGGAAUUGAGAAACGAAUUUGAUCAAUUCCGGGCUUUGACCCAACAAACUGAGGAACUAAGCCAAAACCUCCAGGAGUUACAAAAACAAAAUCAGGAACGAAAGAAGAUGCAAAGAGACUAUGCUUCAAUGAUAGCAGUACGGCAACAGCUCACAGAGCUGAAUUCUGAAAUGGAGAAAGAGAUUUUGGAUCAGACAGAGCAGACUCGUCAGCAUAUUGUUGAUCUUGAGAAGGAAAAGAGACGACUGGAACUGCUUCAAAAAGAAACCAACGCGUUCGCAGCUGAAAAUGAGAAGGCAAGGAAUGAACACAACCUUCUCCAGAGCUAUGUCCAAGAUCUCGAGAAGAGAAAUGAGGAAAUUCUGGAUGAGGUUAAAGCUGAACGUCACAGACUCUUAGAAGAGAAGUCCCAUCUUAAAGACGAGCGAGAGAAGCUUCAGAAAAAGCUGUCACAUCUGGAUCAGCAGAAAGAAGAAGUAGUUGAACUGACUGAUCAAUGCAGCAGUCUGCUGGACGAAGUGGGGCACCUUAGUGAGAAACUCAAGGAUGAAAGAAAGGGACUGGCUGACCUUCUGCAGCAACGUCAAACAUCUGAGACUGAAUGUAAUGAUAUAAAAGCAGAAACUGACCAGGUGGAAGCUGAAAUCGCUCAUCUUCAUGUUGAAGUUGCUGACCUGCAGGAGAAGCUUUCAAAUUUGAACGAUGUUGAGGACAGAGUUACAAAGGCGAAGGAGAAAAAUUUGAAGGCAAAGAAAGACCAUGACCUUCUCCAGAACCAAAUCAAAGACCUUAAGGUUCAGAUCCAGGUUCCACAACAAGCAAUUGUUGCUUUAGAGAAGGAACUCCAAGAUCUUCAGAAGAAAAACAAGGAUCUAAAUGAGGCUAAUGCUAAAAUCUCAGAAGAAAAGUCCCAACUUGAAGAUAAGAAGGAGAAGCUUCUGGAAAAGGUUUCACAUCUGAAACAGCAGCGAGAAGAAGUAGUUGAACUGGCUGCACAAUACAACACUGUGUUGGAGAAAGGGAGGCACCUUCGAGAGGAAACAAAGAACCUCGAGGAGGAAAAAAAUGCGCUGGUUGGCCUUCUGCAGCAACGUCAAUUAUUGGAGACUGAAUGUAAUGAUUUAUUAGCUGAAACUGACAAGGCGGAAGCUGAAAACAUUCAUCUUCAUGUUGAAGUUGCUGACCUGAAGAAGAAGCUUUCAAAUUCCAGCGAUGAUGUCUACUUCUGAAGAAAAAUGCUUCAACACACUAAUAGGUGUUUCUCCUAUUAGUUCAAAUAUGGUAGGACAUAUUCUUUAGGAUUACUAUUAGCUGAAAUUACCGCAUAGGAGCAAAAAACUUUAGAAGCAAGUA